AUGGGCCCGAAGCAGCUGCUUGACGCCAUCGACCGCGCCAGCCGCGCCGGGGUGGGCCUUGAAUCCAACGUCAGCGAAGUGAGCGCGGCACAGCGGACGCAGCUAUGGGAGCGCCUAAGCUGCAGAUGCCAGGCGUUGAUGCUCUGCCUCUCACCCCAGCAGCUGUGCCGCGCGCUCUUCGGCUUCCACCGCGCGCGCUGCCACGACGAGGAGUUGCUACACUCCGCCUGCGAGGCACUCCUCUCUGAAGAGGGAGCCGUCUAUGACGAGCCGCAGAACCCGGAAGAUUUGGAAGACGAGUUCGGUGUGCAGAAGCUGGGCACACAUGCCGUGCUGUCGGCCAACGAUGUCGCGAUGCUUCUGAAGGCCCUGAGCCGCUUCCACUACACGAAGCACCCGGAAGUUCUGGACUUCCUCUUGCAGCGUGCAGCUGCGACCCUGGAGGAGGCCACAACCUCGGACGUGGCCCAGCUCCUCGGUGCAGCCGCUCGCCUGGGCCUCGGUGAGCAGCUUGCCAGCGAGGCUCUGCUGGAGCAGCUCUUCGGCCGCGCCCGCCUCGGCCUCUUCGACAAGUUCACUCCGGCGGCUGACGCCACGAACCUGUGUGCGGCCGCCGCGCUGCUGCCGAAGACGGAACAAGGUGCGCAGCUUCUGGCGGAGAUAGCCGGGCACCUGCGGAAGGCGGAGAAGGCAGCGGGGCUGGCGCCAAGAGACUUGGUCCGACGGCUGCAGAGCCUGACAGCUUUCGAUAGGAAAGCCGGAGACUCCAACGAUGAGUUCAUGACGGUGCAGCAGAGGCUUGGCCGCGAAGGUCGCGAGGAGGUCUGCAUUGCCGCGGCUGAGGCGCCCGGAUCCAAAUGCAGUUUGGCUGUCCUGGCCAUCCCGAUUUGGGUUGGCUUUGUCGGGCGUGAGGUCUAA